AUGAAAAACUACAAGCCGCUGGGCUCAGCGGAUUCAAACUAUUCACAACCAUCUUCAGAGCUGUCGCUGGACGAGGAUCGGGAGGCCCAGAGACGGGAGAAGGAAGCCCAGGCCCUGCUGCAGUUGGACAAGGCAAGGUCGAAGCCGGUAGCCUUCGCAGUGCGCACCAACGUAGCCUACGAUGGAACCAUUGACGAUGAUUCACCGGUGCACGGCAGCGCGAUAUCGUUCAAGGAGAGGGACUUCCUGCACAUUAAGGAGAAAUACGACAACAACUGGUGGAUCGGUCGCAAGGUUGAAGUGGACGCAGACGUGGGCUUCAUUCCGUCCCCGGUGAAGUUGGAAGCGGUCCGGUCGGGGCUCGGCAGGGGCCGGUACCCGCGACCAACUUCCGGCUUGGCCCCAAACCCCUCGCAGACGCUCCCCAGCCGAGGUAGCACUCCCCCCACGCCCGGAGAGGACUCGGAUACAGCCGGGCGAGGGCGUGGCGCUGGGGCGUUACCUGCGGGUAAAGAAAAACGAAAGCCUUUCUUCAAGAAGCAGGAGGCUUGCACGCCAUACGACGUAGUGCCUUCGAUGAGACCCGUGGUUCUCGUGGGACCUUCGCUGAAGGGUUACGAGGUCACAGACAUGAUGCAAAAAGCUCUAUUUGACUUUCUCAAACGGAGGUUUGAGGGAAGGAUAAUAAUAACGCGCGUAAUGGCGGACAUUUCGCUCGCAAAACGAUCGUUGCUCAACAACCCGUCGAAGCGAGCGAUCAUGGAGCGCUCAAACUCUCGUUCGACUUGUCUCGCCGAAGUUCAGACGGAGAUCGAGCGGAUAUUCGAUCUGGCUAGGACGUUGCAGUUGGUAGUUUUGGACUGCGAUACGAUUAACCAUCCCUCACAGCUCGCGAAGACCUCGCUAGCCCCAACCAUUGUGUACCUGAAGAUAUCUAGUCCUAAGGUUUUACAACGAUUAAUAAAAUCCCGCGGAAAGGGGCAAAGUAAGAACCUGUCGGUACAAAUGGUUGCUGCCGAGAAACUGGCUCAGUGUCCCAAUGAGAUGUUUGAUCUCAUUUUGGACGAUAACCAGCUCGAGGAUGCGUGCCAACGCAUCGCGGAUCAUUUGGAAAAUUAUUGGAACGCAACGCAUCCGCCCGUAGCGGCCGCCGCCCCUCGCCCCGCACCUCACCCCUCGCACGCCGCAACCCCUCACGCCCAGCCUGGUGAGUACAAGACUAAACAAAGAUAG